AGCCCCUCGGUUUUAGUGUGACGUCAGAGUGUUUGUUUUGAUCUGCAGUCAGCUGAUGGACCAUCUACAUUGCAAAGUAAAGAGGGUGCUGACAUCUUCUUCGUUCUCUAAAUGAAAUUACUGUUGUUGAAGUGAGAAAAUGUCAACAAUAUCAACGGAGGUCAACUUGGCGAACCAGGUCUGAUUGGGACCUGAAUGAAUGAAACUCUCAAGAGCUAACAUUAAUGAUUAACUAGCCAAUGAGGACGCUAGCUAGCUAACGUUAGCUACCGGUAACGUUAGUUGACAGAACGUUGAUGUUGUAGCUAUAAAGGACUAAACUCAAUCGUGUAAUUCAAGGAUAUGACUUGGGAUCAGUGAAAUAACCAUGGAAACGCCUGAGUUACCUCUUGAGGUAAGACUAAUAGGCUAGUAGCCUGCUUCAUUGCUAAAAUUGCCAGUCUGUCAAUGAUGUGGUUGUCAAUGCUUUGGGUGUCUUGACAACUUGAUAUAUGUUACCAUGUUGAUAAUAAAAUGAAAACUUUCCAUACAUGUUUGCCCAUGGAAGAAGUGGUCAGAAAGUUACUUUUUGGACCUGAAUGCCAAAACAUUCAGGAGGUAAAGUAGCCCUUGAUCAUGACUCUCAGUUCCAUUACAUUACACAAGAGUCGUUGGACAAAGGCAUAUUCUGUAUGGGGGAGUUUUGUUAAGAGCCCAGACGCUCGGUCUGAACAUUAUAAUCUAUAGCUUGCGGUAUGGUUUUGGAAGCAUAAGAACCUUAUCUUUCACAUCAGCGAUAAAUAAUUGUCAAAAAACAGAAAGGUUUAAUUAAUACACACCUUUUUAUAGGGUUAGGUUUAGGGUUCCCACACCGCCAUAUUUCCAUGUUACAGCGCUUGUUUAUGGAAAACAGAGUUACCUGUGCUAAUUAGCUAUCUGCUUCUCUGAACACCUGUGUAUUAACAAAAGAUUGAGGCCACAAACAUGUCACUGAAAAAUACUGUUGGCUGCAACUGUUAAAACCGGUUAAAACAGUGUACAGUAAGUGUGUAUUUAGUAUUUGUGAAAUUGACAAGUUUUUUUAUUUUGAUAUGAAAGUUGAGGGAUUUAUGUUUCUAGAACCAUACCUCAAUUGAGAAUCGAUUCACGUUUAGAUGGAGUAUUUGGCUGUUUUGGCUUUAAACAGAACAUGUAAGGUCCUUGGACUAUAAGGAGUAACGUUAGGCUCCUUUAGUCCAUUAUUGGGCUAGUGAUAAAGGUCCUCAAGGACCCAUUUUGCAUAACCCACCAUACCAUGAGACAUCCAUGUCUUCAUCACUGGAAAAGAUGAACGGUUGAGUUUAUAAUUUAAAAGCUUACAGUGUUGUUAAACUAUUUCUUGAAAAAAAUGGUCUAAUAGUCAUUUUUAAACCUUUAACGUAAAUUCUCAAUUGAUUUUUGCAUUUGUUGUAGCUUGGACACAAUUUCAAAUCGGAGGUUUUUGUUGUACCCGCCAUCGGCUGAGACAUGUUCUUGAAUACAGGGUGGGUGUCAUUUCAAUCAUAAAUAGAAUGGACCUAUCAUUUCAGACUACUGACAUUUAGCUGGUACAUUAAAUGUACAUUUUUACUUUAAUUAUUACCAUAAAGAUGACCGCCGGUCCACUUGUCAACUUCAAUGGUCAUGUCUAUUCUGUUAUCUAUAUUUCAAUAGGUUUCUUUUGGAGGAUUGACAAUAUACAGUUGAAGUCGGAAGUUUACAUACACUUAGGUUGGAGUCAUUAAAACUCGUUUUUCAACCCUCCACACAUUUCUUGUUAAUAAACUAUAGUUUUGGCAAGUCGGUUAGGACAUCUACUUUGUGCAUGACACAAGUAAUUUUUCCAACAAUUGUUUACAGACAGAUUAUUUCACUUAUAAUUCACUGUAUCACAAUUCCAGUGGGUCAGAAGUUUACAUACACUAAAUUGACUGUGCCUUUAAACAGCUUGAAAAAUUCCAGAAAAUGAUGUCAUGGCUUUAGAAGCUUCUGCUAGGCUAAUUGACAUCAUUUGAGUCAAUUGGAGGUGUACCUGUGGAUGUAUUUCAAGACCUACCUUCAAACUCAGUGCCUCUUUGCUUGACAUCAUGGGAAAAUCAAAAGAUAUCAGCCAAUACCUCAGAAAAGAAAUUGCAGACCUCCACACGUCUGGUUCAUCCUUGGGAGCAAUUUCCAAAUGCCUGAAGGUACCACAUUCAUCUAUACAAACAAUAGUACGCAAGUAUAAACACCAUGGGACCACGCAGCCGUCAUACCGCUCAGGAAGUAGAUGCGAUCUGUCUCCUAGAGAUGAACGUACUUUGGUGCGAAAAGUGCAAAUCAAUCCCAGAACAACAGCAAAGGACCUUGGGAAGAUGCUGGAGGAAACAGGUACAAAAGUAUCUAUAUCCACAGUAAAACAAGUCCUAUAUCGACAUAACCUGAAAGGCCACUCAGCAAGGAAGAAGCCACUGCUCCAAAACCGCCAUAAAAAAUCCAGACCACGGUUUGCAACUGCACAUGGGGACAAAGAUUGUACUUUUUGGAGAAAUGUCCUCUGGUCUGAUGAAACAAAAAUAGAACUGUUUGGCCAUAAUGACCAUUGUUAUGUUUGGAGGAAAAAGGGGGUUGCUUGCAAGCCGAAGAACACCAUCCCAACCGUGAAGCACGGGGGUGGCAGCAUCAUGCUGUGGGGGUGCUUUGCUGCAGGAGGGACUGGUGCACUUCACAUAAUAGAUGGCAUCACGAGGAAGGAAAAUUAUGUGGAUAUAUUGAAGCAACAUCUCAAGACAUCAGUCAGGAAGUUAAAGCUUGGUCGCAAAUGGGUCUUCCAAAUAGACAAUGACCCCAAGCAUACUUCCAAAGUUGUGGAUAAAUAGCUACAUCAGCUCUGUCAGGAGGAAUAGGCCAAAAUUCACCCAACUUAUUGUGGGAAGCUUGUGGAAGGCUACCCGAAACGUUUGACCCAAGGUAAACAAUUUAAAGGCAAUGCUACCAAAUACUAAUUGAGGGUAUGUAAACGUCUGACCCACUGGGAAUGUGAUGAAAGAAAUAAAAGCUGAAAUAAAUCAUUCUCUCUACUAUUAUUCUGACAUUUCACAUUCUUAAAAUAAAGUGGUGAUCCUAACUGACCUAAGACAGGGAAUUUUUACUAGGAUUAAAUGUCAGGAAUUGUGAAAAACUGAGUUUAAAUGUAUUUGGCUAAGGUGUAUGUAAACUUCCGACUUCAACUGUAUAUGGCUCUGAGACAGAAUCACUUGUUUUGACAUUUACAUUUUAACAUUUGAGUAAUUUAGCAGACGCUCUUAUCCAGAGUGACUUACAGGAGCAAUUACAGUUAAGUGCCUUGCUCAAGGGCACAUCGACCCUUGAGCACCUAGUCGACAUGGUACUUAACAACUUGACCUGCUACUCAAACAGAAUCCUAUCUAGCAGAUUGUAACGGGCUAAAGUGAUGCUUUAUUAGCCGUUACAGGAUAGGUACAGUUUGGCAUAGCACAUAGAAUUUUCCACCAACCUUAAAGGGAUUCUCUGGUACUUUUGUAUACUUUUUAGCCAGUAGUUCUGAAAGUAGCACCAACGAGCCAAAAGCUUGUGGAAAGCUACACGAAACGUUUGACCCAAGUUAAACAAUUUAAAGGCAAUGCUACCAAAUACUAAUUGAGUGUAUGUAAACUUCUGACCGACGGGGAAUGUGAUGAAAGAAAUAAAAGCUGAAAUAAAUCAUUCUCUCUACUAUUAUUCUGACAUUUCACAUUCUUAAAAUAAAGUGGUGAUCCUAACUGACCUAAGACAGGGACUUUUUACUAGGAUUAAAUGUCAGGAAUUGUGAAAAACUGAGUUUAAAUGUAUUUGGCUAAGGUGUAUGUAAACUUCUGACUUCAACUAUAACUUAAAACAUAUUCCCAUUCAAGUUAACAUUCUCUGAUGUGUGGCCCUCCACCAUCAUUGUGGUACCAUUUGAAAGUUUAAAUUUAAAUGUUAUACCCAUUCUAGUACAUUUAUCAGCCAAAACAUGACACCCACCCUGUAUUCAAGAGCAUGUUACAUUUACAUUUUAGUCAUUUAGCAGUCGCUCUUAUCCAGAGUUGGGGGGGAGGGAGGAGAAAAGUAGAUGUCAUCAGCAUAGCAAUGACAGGAGAGACCAUGAGAGGAUAUGACUGAGCCGAGUGACUUUAUGUAUAGACAGAAGAGGAGGACCUAGAACCGAGCCCUGGGGGACACCAGUAGUGUGAGUACGUGGUGCAGGCAAAGAUUCCUCUCCAUGUCACCUGGUAGGAGCGGCCUGCCAGGUAGGAUGCAAUCCAAGAGUGUGCAGAGCCUGAGACGCCCAGCCCUGAGGGUGGAGAGGAGGAUCUGAUGGUUCACGGUGUUGAAGGCAGCGGAUAGAUCUAUGAGGAUGAGAACAGACACACAGAGAGACAGAGAGAGAUUCAGCUUUGGCAUUGCAGAGAGCCUCCGUGGCAGAUAGACGAGCAGUGACCCGUCUUGAAGCCUGACUGAUUAGGGUCAAGAAGAACGUUCUGAGAGAGAUGGCGAGAGAGUUGGUCAGAGACCGCACGCUCAAGUGUUUUGGAAAGAAAAGAAAAGGGAUACCGGUCUGUAGUUUGACGUCAGAGGAGUAGAGUGUUGGUUUAUUAUUUCCCCCCCCCCCAUUUUUCUCCCCAAUUUCGUGAUAUCCAAUUGGUAGUUACGAUCUUGUCUCAUCGCUGCAACUACCCAAUGCUUUCGGGAGAGGCGAAGGUCGAGACAUGCGUCCUCCGAAACAUGACCCGCCAAGCCGCGCUGCUUCUUAACACACUGCUCGCUUAACCCAGAAUCCAGCCGCACCAAUGUGUCGGAGGAAACACAGUUCGACUGACGACCAAAGUCAACUUGCAAGCGCCCAGCCCGCCACAAGAAGUUGCUAGAACAUGAUGAGCCAAGGAAAGCCCCCCCGGCCAAACCCUCCCCCAACCCAGACAGUGCUGGGCCAAUUGUGCAUCGCCCUAUGGGGCUCCCAGUCACGGCCGGCUGUGACACAAGUGUUGGUUUCUUGAGGAGGGGAGCGACUUGGGACAUUUUAAAGUCAGGGGACACAGCCAGUGGUCAGUCAGGGAUGAGGGAAAGGGAGAAGGUCUCCAGAGAUGGUUUGGAGGAGGGGAUGGGGUCGAGCAGGCAGGUUGUCGGGCGGCCGGACUUCACUAAUCGCAGGAUUUCAUCUGGCGAGAGAGGGGAGAUAAAGGUCAGGGCGUAGGGUAGUUCUGUGUGAGUGGGCCCAGUGGACUCAGUAGGCUGAGUGAAUGAGGAGCGGAUUUCGUCAACCUUCUUUUCAAAGUGGUUGACAAAGUCGUCCGCAGAGAAGGAGGGGGUGGAGGAGAAGGAGGAAAAUAGUUUCCUAUGGUUAGAGGCAGAAGCUUGACAUUUAGAGUGUUAGAAAGUGGCUUUAGCAGCGGAUACAGAGGAAGAGAACGUAGAGAGGAGGGAGUGAAAGGAUGAUAGGUCCUCCGGAAGUUUAGUUUUCCUCCAUUUUUGCUCAGCUGCCCGCAGCCCUGUUCUGUAAGCUCGCAAUGAGUCACUCAGCCACGGAGCAGGAGGGCAGGGACGAGCCGGCUGGGAGGAAAGGGGACAGUGCGAGUCAUAGGAUGCGUAAAGGGAGGAGGAGAGUAGGGUCGAAAACGUAGAGACAGGAGGAGAAGGAUUUAGCAGAAGGGAGAGACGAUAGAAUAGAAGAGGAUAGAGUAGUGGGAGAGCGAGCGAAGAUUGUGACGGUGCAUGACCAUCUGGGUAGGGGCUGAGUUGCUAGGGUUGGAGGAGAGGGAAACAGAAAAGGAAACAAAGUAAGUAGUCCUGGAGGGGGAUCGAUGACAAUGUUAAUCUUGAGUGGACAAGUGACAGUGACAGCAUGGAAUUCAAAUGAGGAGAUGGACAGGUGAGAGAGGGAGAAAAGAGAAUCUCUACUUAGGAGAAAUUAGUAGCCCUGUACCACCACCGUAAUGACCAAAUGCUCUCGGACUAUGAGAGAAAAACCUAGAUGAAGAGAGAGCAGCUGGAGUAGCAGAGUUCUCUGGGGUGAUCCAAGUCUCCAUCAGGGCCAAAAAGACAAGGAACUGAAGGGCAGCAUAGACUGAGAUGAAUUCGGUGUUCUUGACUGCAGAUCGUCAGUUCCAAACGCUGCCAUAGACCAGGAAUUCCACAUGGGUUGUGUGCGCAGGGUACACUAAAUGAGAAAGGUUGCAGCCAAGGGGUGGGGAGCAUCUGUAAAGCCUACAGGAAGAGAAGCAAACAAGUAUAGAAAACACACAGUUGCCAAAGCUACAAAAUAGCAAAAUGAGAUCAUCUGAAAAUAACUAGGUAAGAUACUCUAGUGAGAGAGUGGUGUGGAGCUUCCUCUCUUUCCUUCCUCAAACAACUCGGCAGAACCGUCUUUAUUUCGGUGACGGCCUUAGUUUUGCAACAAGGCCGCCGCUGAGAAAACAUGGGAGACUGAAGUACUAAUACUAAUUACUAAGAUGAAGAGCACAUCUCCCCCUCUAACACAGCCACUGAUAACAGUCACAAAUUGCCCUGCCCAUUUAUCCUGGUUGAUAUGUCAACAAUCAUCUGCAAGUUAUGAGCAGUCAGCAGUUCACACACCAAAUCGGCUACAGGGAAGACGGGCAGCACUUAAAGGUGCAAUAUGCAGAAAUCGCUCCUUCUUUUCCUGCUUUCAAAAAUUUUAAUAGUUCGCCUAAUUUCAGCUCAUGUGACAAAACAAGCAAUGCAUAGUGUAGAGAAUCAUUGUACAAUCUAAACCGCUGUGAAAUAUAUUUUCAACAACCAAAAAUAUUGUAUUUUCAGCUGUUUGAAGCUGGUGUACAAAACCGAAAGUAAAAGACACAAAUACUAAACGUAAGAAUGGGAAGCAUAGAUAUAGCGCACAUAGAACAUAUCUACCGCUUAUUAGACUUGCGUUCAAUGAGAAUGACAGAUCUAUUACUCACAUUUCUAUGUGAAUUUGGUUGGGUCGCCCAAAAAGUGACAUAUUGCACCUUUAAAGGAGAUGGCCCUAGCUAGCAAAAAGACAGUACAAGACAACAGCAGAUAAAGACCAAACUUAUGCUUAUCACUCCUGGAGAUAUCAGGAGUCCUCUAGCUAUAUAAUGUGUCUCAACCGAAGCUACAACAUAUCUGAAUAUGAAAAAACCCCAGAGUUUACGCGUUUUAGAUAUUUGACGUUAAAUUAUAAAAAAUUAAAUAAAAAUACUAAACAUUUAUUUCCAGAAAUUAUAAAAUAGUUUGACAACCCUGUUUGUAAGCUUUUAAAUUAUUAUAAAUCUCAACUGUUUAUCUUUUCUAGUGAUGAAGACAUGGAUGUCUCAUGGUAUAGUAUGCAAAAUGGAUCAACUUUGAGCACCUUUAUCUCUUGAAUGUUUUGCACUACAAUGGGCAAAUAUGAAUGGAAGGUUUCAUUCAAAUCAAAAGGGGUGCUGUCAAAAAGUGAUUAAAUUCAAAUGGAUUUAUCCUAUGUAUAAACUGUUGUAAAAUACCCUGAUGGUCCAACCCUGAUUAACUUCCUGUCCAGAUCAUCACCUACAUUCUGAGUUUCCUCAAAGCGUCAGACAGAAAGGAAGCCUCUCUGGUCUGCAGGAGCUGGUAUGAUGCCAGCCAAGACCUCCAAUUUCAGGUACUACUCUAUUCCACAAUUCCCCUUAUUGAGAUUAACUUAAUCAAUCUCACAAAUAGGAUAAGCCUAACUCUGACUCCACUUUCCAGAGAAAUCUCACCUUCAAGUUCCCAGCCUCUAUCUCCUCCCUGGAUCUGAUCCGGGGCCUGAGUAGGCGUUCCAGCUGCAGCCUGGUCAUCAGCCACCUGGAUGGCUCCAGUAUGUCCCGGGCUAUGCUGCAGGAGAUAGGGCUUCACCUGGGCCCUCGGCUGGAGAGCCUGGCCCUGCCGGGGAGCAGCGUGACCGAGUCUUCCCUCCUGGCCCUGCUGCCCCACCUGACAGCCCUACGCAGGCUGGACCUCCGUGGCCUGGACAGCCUCUUCAUGUCUGGAGCCUUCCUGUCCAGAGAGGAGCACCGCCAGCAGGUCAGACCCUGGAGGUUGGACAUGAUGAUGAUGAUGAUUUUUCUAAAUAUUUUUUAUUUUUUUUAUUUUUUUUACACAUGCCAGUUUUUAAAUGAGUUUGUCCUUUUCCUAGGUUCGGGUAGCUUUAGCAGAUCUUAAGGAACUGGAUCUCUCUGACCUGCGCUACCUAUCAGACCUCACCUUUAACCGGCUAACAGGCUGCACUCCCAGACUACGCCGUAUCUCCCUGGCUGGAUGCCACAUCGCCUUUGAGUUUGACCCGUACCGUGGCUGCCCUGUGGGGCCUGACUCCUCUGCCCUGCUCUCCCUACGGAACCUCCGCAGGCUGCUGCAGGAGCAGGCCUCUACAGUGCGUGGGUUGGACCUGAGCAGAACCAGCAUCACCCCAGAGUCACUGCGCUCUGUGGCCCAGGUGGAGGGCCUGUCUCUGGAAGAGCUGCGUCUGCGGGGCUGCAAGGAGCUGACAGACUACUCUGUAGAGGUGCUCUGUAAGCACCAGCCUGGCCUCCAGAUCCUGGACCUCAGCGCCUGCACAGAGCUCACCAGCCGGGCUGUACUAGCUGUGGCCCUGGGCCUGAAGAGCCUCCGGCUCCUCUCUCUGUCCCGGGACUGGAGGGUGAAGGAUAAAGGCCUGGCUGACCUGAUGGUGCUGCCGGAGCUGAGGACCCUGGAUCUGUCUGAGUGCCUGCACGUCAGUGGGGCCGAGAUAGUGAAAGGGCUCUCUGCCCCGGAGCCCAGGGCACGGCUGGAGACCCUCAGCCUCAAGAGCUGCACCUAUAUCAGGGUCAGUGUGUGUGCUGUUCUCUCCCUCACAUUACUAUGAUUUUACCAGACCUGACUCUUUCAGGAUUUAUCUUUUAUAGAAUAAAAUGUUUAUCAGGACAUUAUCCCUCAUGCUCCUUUGUCUCCCCUCUCUCUCAGGACCUGGCUGUGUUCUCUCUGGCUCAGCUGCUGGGCUCCAGUUUGAGAGAGCUGGACCUCACCUCCUGCAUCUACCUCACAGACCUGAGUGUGGGUGCUAUCGCCACCUACCUUCCCGGGCUGGUUGUUCUGCGACUGGGCUGGUGCAAGGAGAUCACAGACUGGGGGCUGCUGGGCAUGGUGGAGCCCACCAAGGAGUGUGAGCCAAGCAAAGAAAUGGUGAGAGAGGGCUGGGUGGGGAAAAGUGUAGAAGUCUUGGGAAUAGGCUAUAAGAAGACUACCUGGUCUUUUCUGUGCUUAUAUUCAAGUUACCACCAAUGUAGCUUAGUACGACCAUGCUCCCCUGACCUUUAUCUGACCUUCAACCUCUCACCUUGACUCCUUGCAGGAGUACAAGGGGCCCAGCUUCACCCGUACCUUUGGGAACAUGGGUUUCUUCCGGCCUCCCAGCAUGCCCUUCCAGGAGAAGCCUCGGCUGGUGACGGACGAGGACCUGGGGGUGUUCAGGGAACAGGAGGGGGCCUCACUGCUGGCCCUCAGGAGCCUUCAGGACCUCGACCUGUCUGCCUGCUCCAAACUCACCGACAGCAGCAUCACACAGGUGGCGUUCCCAUGAAAAUAUAUAUACAGGCUAUGGUUAGAGCCAAGAGCUAUGAUGAGGCAGGAUUAACUCUUGGCCCUAGUUUUAGGUUAUUAUCAAUGCCAAUAGUUUUUCCUGGUCAGGUUAGGAAAAACUCCAUAAAGUGAUUGAGUGGUUGAUGUCCUGUGUCCAUUGAAUGGGGAACCCUAGUUAACCGGGCGGUUGUUGUUGUGAGCAGGUGCUGCGUUAUCCAGACCUCCAGCGCCUCUCUCUCGCCAUGUUGCCUGAGAUCAGUGAUGACAGCCUGGCGUCGGUGGCCUACCACUGUCGCAGCCUCACCAGCCUGGAACUCAGCCACUGCCCCCACAUCAGCGACCAGGGUAUCGCCCGUGCAGCCCCUUACCUCGCCAGGCUGCAGCACCUCUACCUGUCCUGCUGCAACACAGUCACAGAUAGGUGAGACACACACAAACAUACACACAGACAGAAUGUGAAACUGUGCCAAUACUAUGAAACAGUGAAGCAUUGUUAAAGUUGAGUAACUAGAACCUUUGACUGUAAUAAAUAAUAAAUGAAGUUAUCUGUAUAUCAGUGUGUGACAGCAGUGAACUCAUGCUCCCACAGGUCUCUCUCCAUGCUCGUCCAACACUGUAAGAGACUGCGGACAUUGGACAUCUCCAUGUGUAAACACAUCUCCCUAACAACGGUUGAGCUCCUUCAAUCACAGCUUCCAUUCAUAGAGAACGUCCACUGCCGCUUUGUGGGUGGAGCUGACCUGACCCUCACACUCUGAUUUUUUUCU